UUGGGUUGGUGAGCGUUCCCUCACACAGCAUUAGAGCGCGCUGCACAAAUUAAUUUGCUCUACAGAUGAUGCUGCUAAGUGAUGGAGUCGCGUGCUUGAUGUAUACGACACUUUUCUGUCCACUUCCCGGAGCAACAAGUGGACUAUGGACGAGUCGAUCUCCAGCAGCGUGAGAGAGGAGAGGGGCGAUUGCACCUGAACGGCCGUAUCAGUCUCAGUGGGAAUGGAUACCGGCAAGUUCCUGGCGGGAAUAUGCUUAUUCCUGCUUUCCCUCAAUGGCUUCAUCGCGUCCUCACCGGCGACAAGCCUUUGUCCCGACCGCUGUGACUGUCAGCACCCGCAGCACCUCAUGUGCUCCAAUCGCGGAUUACGCACGGUGCCAAAACCCGGCGCGCGGGUGCCCGAGGAAGUGCUGAUUUUCAGCCUUGGGGGUAACUUCAUUAGUAACGUCUCUGCCUUCGACUUCACACGGUACAGUAACCUCGCACGGUUGAAUUUACAGUAUAAUCAAAUAGAAACUAUUCACCCCAAAGCAUUUGAGAAACUCUCCAAGUUAGAAGAGCUGUAUUUGGGACAUAAUCUUUUAUCAAAUAUCCCCGCUGGGACUUUACAGUCCCUGAAGAAAUUAACUAUUCUUUGUGGAAAUAAUAAUGACAUUAAGAAAAUUACACCGGAGCUCUUUGCCAACUUGGAUAAUCUUGUUAAACUGCGCCUGGAUGGCAACGCAAUCGAAGCUCUGCAGGACUCUGUUUUUAAAAGUUUGACAAGUCUACAUUAUCUCCAUCUAGAAUCUAACAAGCUGCAGCAUAUUCACAGAAACGCUUUCUCCAAACUCACCAACCUGCGCUUUCUAAACCUGUCCCACAACAAGCAGUCAGCCGUGCGCAGUGCCCUCACUUUCUCCCAGCUCAAAUCUCUGACAACUCUGCUGCUGUCUGAAAAUGAAAUCCAGUACGUGGGAAACCACGUCUUCCAAAAUCUGAAAAAGCUGUCCAAGCUGUCCCUCAGCAACAACAAAAUCUCUCGCCUGGACAGCGGGGCUCUGAAGGGGCUGUCGAGCCUCAGGGAGCUUCUGAUUGACGGUAACGAGCUGGAGGAAAUCCCGGCCGGUCUCCUGGACUCUCUGGAGCGCGUCGAGGAGCUGGACUUUAGUCGCAACCGGAUUUCCAGCGUGGAUUCUUUGGCUUUUUCGCAACUAAAACAUCUGAGAGUGCUAAAGCUGAAGAACAACAUGCUCACGAGCCUGUCCGGGGACAUUUUUGCUCUCAACAACGUGCUUUACGACCUCGAUCUCCAUGGCAACAACUGGACGUGCGACUGUCGCCUGGAGGAGCUGAAACGAUGGAUGACUGCUGCACAUUCUCAGGGCAAAUUAUUGACUGUUUUUGUGCAGUGUCAUCACCCAGCAACUCUGAGGGGGAAAUAUCUGGACUAUGUGAACAACUCCCAGCUGCAGCCCCUCGGGAACUGGACCCACUUCUGUAGGACCCAAGCUGGGCCUGAGGAAAGCCGAGGAGGGGGUGUGUUGGUGAAGGUGGAGGGGAAAAGGAUAGAUGCAGUACAGCAGGAGGAGAGAGCUGAAGAAGGCCAGGAGGGGGAGAGAGAAGGUACAGACUUCAGACAUCAGAACAGGGAAGGGGUGUUAAUGAGGAAAGAGGGAGAUAAGAGGAAGAGAGAAGGACAGGAUGAGGCGGGAAUCCAGGGAGACCAAGGGGGUCUAGAAGCGGCAGAACCCUCUUCUCCACUGGAAAGAAAGAAGUCAAAGAAAGAAUCGCUCAGCCCAAGGUCACGACCUGCUGCAGAGGCUGCUGGGAAACGUGCCAAAGGUAGACCAAGGUCAAAUGUCAUUUCCAGAACUGAUCCACCAGCUAUUUCCACACCAAGUCUAGCUCAAAAUGAGGACUGGAACUCCACUGAUCCAAACACAGAGCCCACCACUACUUCUCCAGUUCAGUCAGGUGAAAAGUUUGAUCUUCUGAGGUCAGAUCAGGAGGAGGCGUUACCCGUAAUCACAGAUCCUUGUGUGUUCAACCGACACUUUAUCACUAAUGUUUCAGUUGAUCAGGUGACAUCCAGUACUGUCAUUAUCUACUGGACCACCAGGGAUCAUCAGCGCUACACACCAGGACCAGGGCCAGGCCUUGAUGAAAUCCACUAUCGGAUUCUGUUCGACCGCUUUGGAACUCCGGAUCGUUUCCCCCGAUAUGUUUACGCUCGUGGCACAGCUCGCUCUGUAACCCUCCGAGAGCUCAGCUCAGAUGUGACCUACAUGGUGUGCGUGGAAGGAGUAGUCGGAGGAUCCGUGUGUCAAGUUGCGCCCCGUGACCACUGCGUAGGGCUGGUCACUCUACCCGAGGGGUUCAGCCGUGGAAGCAUGCUGACCUCUGACCUCCAGCUGGUGACGGUGGCCACGUUGGCCGGGAACGCCGUGCUGCUGCUUGUCAUUGGCGGGGCCUGGCUGGGGCGGAGCCUGAAGAGGAGGCUGCAGAGGAGGAAGACAGCCGUGCACGUGCGGCACAUGUACUCCACCAGGCGACCGUUUCGCCCCCCCGCCGUGGCGACAGCCUCUGUGUCUGCCGACUUCACCAGCUACCAAAGCAGCCGUCCAGCACGACUCGCACCGCUGGAGGAAGGGGACCUCAUUGAGUUCCCUUGUGAUCGCUUUAUGGACAGCAACAGUGUCCGCAGGGACAGUGACAUGCAGAGAUUCUCUGACUAGAGACACAGAAACUCUAAAAAUGUUGACACUUUACAAUAGAAGGACACAUGAAUUAGCUUGUGCUGCAGUCUUUAGUCUAAUCUACUCUCUUGACACACCACCUCACCCCAUGUUUCUAUUAUGAUACUGUCCUUGUGAACUGAAGUGCACUUAAUUUAUGCAUACCUAGUAUACAUGCUUCAAUGUGCACUUGAUAAAUUGUAGAAUGCAAAUUUUUUUGAUGUAAUAACACCAUUAUUGGUAUACUAAGCCAUAUCAUUAGUACUGCUAAAGAUAAAAGACAAUUGAGUGCAUUUGACUACACUUUUCUAAGACACCAUUUAAAUACCCUUAAAUACACUUAAGUACGACUUUUGUACUAAUGCAUUACAAACUGUAAGAAAUUAUAUUAUAUAUAUAUAUGACAUUUAUUAUCUAUGCAUUUUGAUGAAAUAAUAAACACUUUGCUAAUAUAUUAUCAAGUUUUAAAUUUUAAUUAAAAUUAAAUUAAAGGUCAGCAUUAGUUACAAAAAGAUGUUCUUAAGUAUAUUUUAUUGCAUCUUUAUGGUGUCUCAAAUAGUACAGUCAAGUACACUUAAUUGUAUGUCAUUACAUCUGUAGUAUUACAAAUGAUGUAUCAUUAGUAAACUAAGUACAAAGUAAAUCAAAAAUAGUAUCUAUUACAUUAAUCAAAUUAACACAUGACUAUGCAAAGUUUAAAAAUAAAUUAAGUAAAUUAAGUGUAAAACAGUACACGUCUUAAGGACAGUCUCUUAAUAAAAACCUUGGUGUUCUGUGUCUGUGAUCAAACCAAGUCAACAAUCCCACCGUCUUGGUUUUUGACCACAAGAAAACUUUUAAAGUGACAAUAGAACAGCUGAGCUCAUCAGUGCCUUUUCAGACACCAGAGGAAGUCCAAUCCCUCUGACUUCCUCUUCCUGCUUUGCGCCUUUCCUCUUUCAUUUCCUUGCACCUGCAAGUGUUUUCUAAAUGUGUGAUUUGUACGCAUGAAUGAUUGCUCACUGAUUUCAACUAUGGUGCUAAUGUUGAGUUCAUAGACAUCAUGUUGUCUCAUGUUUGUACAGUAUGUAAUGAUGGCUGCUGGUUGGCAGAAAAAACCCCACUUAUUUUGUAUCACAUUUAUCACUUUUUAUACUUUUAUAUAUGAUUUAGCAUUACAUGAAGAAGUAAAAUCCCAUACAAUGUGACUGAUUUGUCAUUUGAGUGUUUAUGGAUGACUUCACUGUAUAUUAGAUUUUACUAUAUCGGUGGCUUUUAAAUGUCUUUACAUAAGCCUCUCAUUAUGUAAAGCACAAGGGGAUUAUCUUUCUAGAGAUAGGGGGAAUAUAUGAAGAUUAAUCCAUAUAUGCAUUCAUAAAAAUAACAUAUUCAUAGAAAAAGAUUAGUGGCAUUAACCUCUAAAUCUAGGUUGCGUUUCCCUCCUUUAUUUUUACUCUUAUAUUUGAGCCAAGCAGGUCACGUCAACCUGUAGUGGUACUAUACAUUUUUUUAGAUUAAAAAAAAAUCUAAAUUACUCACUUGUUAUUAACUGGUACUAUUAUCUGCAACAUAAUAUGUUUUUUGUUUUAAAUAU